AUGCUCAAGAAGAAAAAGGAGCUUUCCAACACAGAUGGGGAAGAGAAAAAUGCCAAAAAAAAGAAUAACUUAGCUGCGAAAUCGGCUUGCUUGAAGAAAAAGGGUAACACCAGUACGGAGGCCACAGACGGGGAGGAAAAGGCGGGUAAAAGUGAACAUGUGAAGGGUAAGACGCAAGGGGGGGGAGCUAAGCAGUGCACCAUCGUGGAGAGGAAGAAAAGCGAGAAGGGGAAAGGCCAAAAAGUUUCCGCUUCAGAUGUUGCCCCUUCAAAAGUUGCCGCUGCAAAAGGAGGGGACGAAAAGAUCAACAUAAAGGAGGCUAUCAUAAAGAACGUGAAGGUGCCAGACAACUACGAAAUUAAGCAUCUGAUAGGGAGGGGGUCCUACGGGUAUGUGUACCUAGCCUACGACAGAAACACGAAGAAAAACGUCGCAAUAAAGAAGGUAAAUAGAAUGUUCGAAGACUUGAUAGACUGCAAGAGAAUUCUGAGGGAAAUAACCAUUUUGAACAGACUAAAAAGUAACUAUAUAAUCGGAUUGCACGAUUUGAUAAUCCCCGAGGAUUUGCUACAAUUUGACGAGCUCUACAUCGUCCUCGAAAUAGCAGAUUCGGAUUUGAAGAAACUUUUUAAAACUCCAAUUUACCUGACGGAGGAGCAUGUGAAGACGAUCCUUUACAAUUUACUGUUGGGAGAAAAGUACAUCCACGAAUCAGGCAUUAUACACAGAGAUUUAAAACCAGCCAACUGUCUCCUGAACCAAGAUUGCUCUGUUAAAAUUUGCGACUUUGGAUUAGCCAGAACGAUCAACUGUGAAAACGACAUUCAUAUUGUACAGGAUUUAGAGGAGAAGGAGGAAAAUGAAGAACCAGGUCCUCACAAUAAAAAUCUGAAGAAACAACUAACCAGUCAUGUGGUGACCAGAUGGUAUAGAGCUCCAGAACUUAUUUUGCUACAAGAAAAUUAUACCAACUCGAUUGACAUUUGGUCCACGGGGUGCAUAUUCGCUGAAUUAUUAAACAUGUUGGAGAGUCAUGUACAUGAAAAAAGCAACAGAGAUCAGCUUAACAUCAUUUUUAACGUUAUAGGAACCCCCUCGGAAGAUGAUCUAAAGAGCAUCAAAAAGGAUGACGUCAUCAGGUAUAUUAAGCUCUUUCCACCCAGAAACGGAAUCGACUUUAGAAAAAAGUUCCCUUCCAUUUCGGACGAUGGAAUUGACCUACUACAGUCUAUGCUUAAAUUUAACGCUAAAAAUAGGAUCACAAUUGACAGCGCUCUCAGUCACCCCUACCUGAAGGACGUUAGAAAAACCAAAUUGGAGAGCUUUACUGCUAGUAAGAUUAUUCUACCCUUCGAUGACUGGAUGAUGCUCUCCGAGACACAGCUACGUUACAUUUUUUUGAAGGAGAUCCAGUCCUUCCACCCAGAGUUGGUUAUCCCACCCAAGCUGUCCGUUCACGAGGGCACCUUCUACAACGACGUCUAG